AUGCUGUCGACGGCGCGGCUGCUACGGCUCGCGCUGAGGCAGGCGGGCCCCGCCAGCGCGACGCUGCAACUGCGGAACCUUCAUGCGUCUGCUGUGGUGCCGGCUCGACGCAAUCGCAGAGGCUCGCCCAGCGGUUCGUCCUCCAAGCCAGCGGCGGUUUUCCAAGGCGGCGAGGGUGAUGAUGAGGAGUUCGCCAAGUGGUUCGAGGAGAUGCAGAAGCAGUAUCCGAGCAAGGCCCAGGUGCAAGAAGAGGAGGAGCUGCCGGAGACGAUGGAGCUGGUCGAGGAGGAGGAAGACGAGCACGACGACGGCGAGGACCCGGAUGAGGAGACCGAAAAGUUCCUGGAUGAGGCUGAAGAGCUCUUCCGCCUCAGUCCUGCUGAGUUCCAGAAGCGAAUGGACUCGUUCGACCAGCGCCACGCUGACGAGAUCGAUGACGAGGACGAGGAAGACCCCGACGACAUUGAGCGCGCCACGGAGCGUAUCCCGAAGAAGAAGCUGCUGAAGGUGCUGGGAGAGCUGAACCCGAACAGUGCGUCGACGGGCAAGAACGCGGAGCGCAUGCCGAACCCGGGCCUGAAAACCAAGAACAUGGCGCCACUGGAGAAGAAGCCCAAGCAGCCUAAGGCUGAGCGCGUGACGUAUCGCCAGGAGAGCGUGGGUAUUGCCGUGCUGGAAUUUGUGCAGAACCUACUGAUGGAGGACGCUGAUGUGUCGGGGGCUGAUAUUGUCCCUACCAUUGUCGAGGCGAACGUGUCUCCUGACCUGCGCCGGGUCGUGCUCUUCUGGGAACCUGUACGCUUGAACUCGGAGAACCAGAAGAUUGGAAAGAAGAAAAUCGAGGCUGUGAAGAACCGACUUCAGCGCCAGGAGCGUUGGGUCCGCCGUAACGUCACUCAGCACCUGAAUCUGAAGUACUCUCCUGUCGUCCAGUUCAAGCAGCAGACGGAAGCCAAGGCCGAAGAGGCACGGACGCUGUUUGAGGACGAGAUGAAGUGGCUAGACAGAGUGUAA